ACAGCCGCGAGGAAAAAAAGGCCAAUCAGAUGCCCGGCACAGCGGAGGCCGCGAGGAAGGAGCCAAUCAGCUGUGAGUACAGGACCGGGGCGGAGCAGCGCGGAGUUUCAAAUCUACUGGGGUCUGCAAGGAGUCGCCUUGUCCUGUCUUUGCGCUGGGCGUUGCCGGAGUCAGAGGGGCCGAGGAGACUGGGCCAGACAAAUGGCGUCUCGGUGGCAUGGCAUGCGACCCUCGGUGCACCGCCGAUCUCUCCUGAAGGAGGAGCAGCUGGAAGAGAAGGUGGAACGGUCCGCAGCCAGCCACCUGGAGUCGUCCACUGGGACCCUAGGCUCCCUGUGUAGACAGUUCCAGCGGAGACUGCCCUUGAGAGCAGUCAGCCUCAACCUCCGGGCGGGCCCCUCCUGGAAACUCCUGGAAACCCCAGAGCCAGAACAGCAGGGCCUCCAGGCUGCAGCCUGCUCAGCCAAGAACGCCUUGGGUGUCGUGUCCCAGAGAAUCCAGGAGUCCUGCUCGAGUGGCACCAAAUGGCUGGUGGAAACUCAGGUGAAAGCCAGAAGGAGAAAGAGAGGGGCGCAGAAGGGCAAUGGCUCCCCAUCUCCCACCCUAAUUCCGAAGAGCACCCGGCUGCGUGGAGCCACCCUAGAUCCUAGGAAGAGGGACUACCACCGGUUCUCUGCCCCCGUGGGCCUGCAUGCUCACCCCCGAAGGCGGCCAAAGCGGGAUGCUGCCUUCCGGAACCCCUACUCCUUGACAGAGCCUCUCUGCUCUCCCAGUGAAUCCGACAGUGACCUCGAGCCUGUGGGGGCAGGAAUCCAGCGUCUUCAGAAGCUGUCCCAAAAGCUGCACGAGGCCAUCGUAGCUGAAGACAAUGCGGACAUGAGCGUCACCCUCAUUCGUGACUGAGGACAGGCCCUGCAG